CUACGAAUUCCAAUUGGACUACAGAAACGAUAAGACAAGUGCUUUYGAUCACUGAGAUCACAGUCUCAUCCAGCUUUAACCACCAGGCUGAUCCGAUAUAGUAUUAGUACUGUCUUUGUUCUCGUGCAGGCUGUUGUUCCGUUUAACGGUUAAAGCGUGCAAAAUCAMCUUUGUUUGGCUAACUCUGUCCUUGACUCGCAAAAGAUAGGUGCAAUAUCUUAUUGGAUUCUGUGGGGUUUGAAAAUAAGGUUUCCUUUAAACAUUGUUUGGGGGUAAAGUUGCCACGUUUACCUUGAAAUUGGUCGAACUGAUGUUUUUCCUCGAUCACUGACGACUAGUUUCUGGACGAACUACUUAUAAGCUAAGCCAAGACAAUACCUUUCGAGACAGUGAGGACAUCAACGAGAAGYUAGCAUCAGUUUGGUCGUCAUAAUAGGAUUAUCUUUGAGUUCAAGCGGUUUUCGAACUGAUUUCCGGCUUCAAGGAAAGCUUUUCCACAAUCAGGAAGUUUCUCGGGUGAUUUAGCUACAGGUGUACAAGCAAGURAAAAGAACACCACCUUUUUAAAAAGUACAAGCUGACCAUGAGCAACAAUACAACCUUUGCUCUACCCGUUAUAGUCCCAGCACCACUUCCCUUGCUCGUAUGCUGGUCAAUAAUCGGUUUCGUCUCRACCAUCCUCAACAUCGUGGUCUGUGGUAUUGUUGCCGUUAAUACUCGUCUGAUGACCGUCACUAAUGCUUUYGUUGUUAGUCUAUCGAYAUCAGACUUGCUUGUAGCGGGAGUGUUCGUUCCUAUCUACAUCGUUGAAGAAUAUUCUUUGACCAAAGUCCACACCAGUGGUUACAYCAUAGCAUUUUUGCUGCUCGCUUCCAUUUUUAAUCUUAGUGCUGUCACGUAUGAAAGGUUUGUAGCUUUGACCAAACCGUUUGGGUAUCGUGCAAUCAUGAACAAGAGAAAAGUAGCUUGCAUCAUCGGUGCCUCGUGGGUUUUGCCAUUGAUUAUUUCUCUUCUUCCCCUCGCUUGGAAUGCCGAUAACACCACCAAAUAUCACCGAACCUAUCUGAUAACAGUAGUUAUUCUCUUUGUCCUUUUCCCAUGUAUCGCCAUGAUCUGGGUUUACGCCCGCCUCCUUAAGAUCGUCAGGAAUUUUAUYCAAAGGAAUCGGCGAAGGACAAGCUAUGGGAAUAAGACAGGAGAGCGCGCAGGAACAGAGGAAAAGGCAGCACGAGUAUUCGCCAUUAUCCUUGGGAUGUUCUUGCUUUGUUGGCUYCCCUUCAUGUACAUCAAUGUCUGCCAAGCAUUCCAGCUGUAUCAUCUCRUUUCGAAUGGCCUCGCAUAUGCCUCGUUCUUUACUCUUCUCAUCAACACUAUCCUAGACCCAUUGAUUUUUGCUUUSCUCAAACGCGACUUUAAGGAAUGUAUCUUCAAGGGGAAGACCCGAUGGCUAUCUUCCAUUACAUCAAGGAGCGGCCACGAACUAGAKGAACUCUCACCUACCUGCUUAGAGCCGUUGUAGAUCCGGAGGCAAUAUCCAUUAAUCCUAGACCCACGGGUUUUGGCAUUUCUUAAACGUUACUUUAAGGAAUUUUAUCGUCAAGGGGAAAACCAGGUACCUUUCUUCCAUUACGUCACGUAGCGGCGGCUGCGAAUUAUAAGAACUCUUGCUUACCUGCUUAGAGCCGUUGUUAGUAGUGACCAGAGAUCUAGAGAUAUCCAUUAAUUUAUUAUGGGCAAUCGAAAAGRUUGUGGAUGAUGAGAUGACUCCGCGGGGGUGCUUUGUCGGCUCAUGACACUCAAUUUCCUUGGGAUCAGAAGUUUACUGACAUUUGCAUAGAAUUGCCUAAAUGCCGUACAACAGUCAAUCUGUUCCUCGCCAUCGAGCUAAUGGCAUAUUCACUGUAAUGAUUUUCUUACGUAUAUAUAUUUUUGGGCAAAACAAUUAUUUAAGAACAAUUUACUAUCACUUAUCCUAUUUUGACUCUUGGAGAUCGAUCCCGGUAAGGAACCUUACUGGAAGAAAUUUAAAUUCUGACAACAUACCAUGCGAAAAAGAUUUGAAAAGCUUGAUUUCUAACUAUUUAAAGAAGUGCAUGUACUGAACAUGCAUUAUACUAUUAGAGACGUGUACUGACCAUGCAUUGUACUAUCAGAGGCGUGUACUGACCAUGCAUUAUACUAUAAGCGACGUCCACUGACCAUGCAUAUCAUUAUACUAUUAGAAACGUGUAUUGACCAUGCAUUACAAUAUUAAAGACGUCUAAUGACCAUGCAUCAUACGAUUAGAGACGUGUAGGCAUUAUACUAUUAGAAACGUGUACUGAACAUGCAUUAUACUAUUAGGGAUGUGUACACGACCAUGCAUUAUACUAUUAGAAACGUGUACUGAACAUGCAUUAUACUAUUAGGGACGUGUACACGACCAUGCAUUAUACUAUUAGAAACGUGUACUGACCAUGCAUUACAAUAUUAAAGACGUCUAAUGACCAUGCAUUAUACUAUAAGAUGACGUCUACUGAACCUGCAUUAUACUAUUAGAUACGUCUACACGACCAUGCAUUAUACUAUUAGAGACGUGUACUGAUAAGAUGACGUCUAAUGAACAAGCUUGAACAUGGGUUAUACUGUUAGAGACGUCUAAUGACCAUGCAUUAUACACUAUCAAAGAAGUGUACUGACCAUACAUUAUACUAUUAGAGACGUCUACUCACCAUGCAUUAUACUAUAAGAUGACGUCUACUGAACAUGGGCUAUACUAUUAGAAACGUCUACUGACCAUGCAUUAUACUAUAAGAGACGUCUACUGACCAUGCAUUAUACGAUUAGAGACGUGUACACGACCAUGCAUUAUACGAUUAGAGACGUGUACACGACCAUGCAUUAUACUGUUAGAGACGUCUAAUGACCAUGAUACAUUAAACUAUUAGAGACGUCUAUUGACCAUGCAUUAUACGAUUAGAGACGUGUACACGACCAUGCAUUAUACGAUUAGAGACGUGUACACGACCAUACAUUAUACCCUAUUAGAGACGUGUACACGGCCAUGGGUUAUGGUAGAGCACUGUCGUCUCCACAAUAUGAAAACGUAAAGGGUACAAGGAGUUAUCUGUUUGUUUAAUUUAGACUUUGCUUCAAUAAUUUAUCAAUAUUAUUAUAUAUAUCAUCACAAUUGUUUUUGCCAAGUUGCAUCGUUYCAUUAGCUAAAAGCCUAUUUUCGAAUUAGCCAAAUACAGUAGUGUGUUCCUUGGUCACAUACUCGUUUAUGCAGGGUCAGCCUCAUUUCACACUUUAAAAAUUCCACGGACAUUCACUGGAAGCAUGAAAACGUUUGAAGUAAGUACUUCCAUACGAAAUCAAUGCCAACUAACCCCGUAGAACAGAGAAUUGGAAACUGGACUAUUGCUGGGUUACACUUGACAUCAUUUCUCACCUAGUAGGCAAUGUUCAUCAGCUGAAUCACAUGUUUUCAAUAGGAUUCUUUCUGGUUAACAGCAUACGGUGAUCAGUGUUUGACCACCAUUUGGAGCAGAUAAUGAGAUUUACUUUUAUCAGMUGAGUGAAACCCCUGAAUUGAUCUUUGACGCAUAGUAAUAGCAAUAGCUUACGUCACGGCAACUAGCAUUUUUAAUCCACCAAAGUAUUGCAAACGUUUUUUUUCUUCUAAAAGUAGAAGAAUAAUACAUAAUAAAUAAGACUCACUUACAUUGUAUGRGGUAUGAGCGAAGAGAUGUCUUGUAUAUCAGCAGAUCUAUAUAGUUGAAUAUAAAGAAUGAUUUAUAAUAACAUAAAUAAAUGUAAUAAGGAUAUAAUUAGGAUAAAUUAUUAUAUUAUCAUCAGGGAUGCAGCUAGAAAUAAAAUGACAUUUAA